AUGAACGACAACCUACAGUGGCUCGGGGAGUGGCCCAAGGCCGAUGAUAGCAAAUACUUGCUAGGACCUGGAGAACUCUUCUGUCGUACGAAGGCCAAGGGCCGUCUUUGCGCCACCGAGAAAGCUUUCUCGUGCAUGAAGGCGUUGAAACUUCAUGCCGGCCGCCACGACAUGGUCAAGUUCAAGCCCCCCGGACAAGGUGACACGAGUAUCCGUUCCGCGGACGAUGUUGCUGUAUGCUAUGCAAUCUCAACCUUCAGCACCAUAUUCCGCAUGCUUCCUUCCCCACCCUCUUCCUCCUUCAAGAUGAUCCAGUACAGCAAUAACCCUCGUACUUGUUAUUUUGGAGUGAAGCCGCCCUCCCUCCCUACCAGCCCUACUUCAUCUGUCCAAGACCGCCGACGGGACCGAACUGGUCAAUUACUAGAGAGUGGUAAACUCCACUACAGCCUGGGAGAGCUUGGAAAAGCCGCGGCGUGCUUCGAGCGUGCCAUUGGGCUCACACCCUCAUCCAGCGGGGUACUGGACCGCGCUGCUGAGAUCCCGACGCCGUUCCCCCCAAGCAAGAACCGAACCCGCCCAGGAGACUGGACCUGCCAUUCGCUUGUCUUCCAUGCCCUGAUCGACCUUAGCCUACCUCCCCCACAUCGCGGAG